AUAAGCCUGCAUGGAUGUGCCAGCCCAAGAUGACGGCACAUCCGAGAGCCGUCGCAAGGGGCCGGGGAAGAGGAGCCACUCGGAGGCAGUCCCAGCCCCCAAUGCGCCAUGUGGCGCGUGCAAAUUCCUGAGAAGGAAGUGCAUAAGCGGAUGCAUAUUUGCUCCCCACUUCGGGUCGGAUCAGGGCGCUGCCCGAUUCGCGGCCGUUCAUAAGGUGUUCGGGGCCAGCAACGUGUCCAAACUGCUGUUGCACAUCCCGCCCAACCGAAGGCACGAUGCCGUCGUCACCAUUUCCUACGAGGCUCAGGCCAGGCUCUCCGACCCCGUCUACGGCUGCGUCUCCACUAUUAUAGCUCUACAGCAGCAGGUGGCAUCACUUCAAGCAGAGCUAUCAGUGGUGCAAACUCAGGUAAUGAACAGCAGAUAUGUGAUGGCAAAUGCAUUUCACAAUUCAACACAACAACAGCAGCAGCAGCAGCAUCAGAAUAUAUGUUAUUCCAACACUUCUUCGGCUUCGAACAACCUCAUUAGCUUGCACAGUUUCAGCCCCAACUUUGGCGAAAUCCAUGAAGAGGAGGAAGAGAGCAAUGAUCCUGCACUUGCAUUUGCUAAUAACAUUUUUCAAUGAUUUUGUAACAAAUAAAUUAAAUGUUCUUUCCAUGACUCCUCCAUCGCCAAUAAUCUUUAUGCCCUCCAAAAAUAAUUACAAUGCGUGUAACCUUAUGGAGUAUAUUUUUCUUCCCCCACCCCCACAUAUAGUAAUUCUUGUUACUUUCGUUUUUCUGGUUGUACUAAUAUGCCACUACCUAAU